UCAGCGAAGAUCUCGGCGGUAACUUCGUUCCGUGUCUGCCAAACCAGAGACAGCCUGCAAUCUCAGCUAUGGGAAAAGGUUGUAGCCUGUCUCGGUGCCUGUUCCGGUCUUCGUGUGGCUGUUAGAGAUGCACGGAGAAUGUUUUGAUGGUUAGAUAGGCUUAUGUUUUUGAAGAGCUGCUCAAAAAGAGGUUGUUCCAGCAAGCAAGCGUGUGCUGUGUGAGCGAAGUGCAGCGGGUGGUGAUGAAGGAGUGCAUGUUUUGGUUUAAUACAACUGUUGUGCAUUUCUCAGUUCUGCAGCUUUGCCUCACUUUGAAGCGGUACACAUGAGAUGCAUUAUCGCUGUUAUGCUGGCUUUGUUGUGUGACACGUGUCACUAUUCUUACAAUAUUUGGAAUUGACAAGGGUCUGACUUUGGUUUUAUGUGAGCAUCAGCUUUUGAACUUCCCCAAAGAACAAAAGAGUUUCCUCCAUGUUCUCAUUUCAACCCUGAGGCUCCCAAGAACAAAUGAGUGCUCUCAACUCAGCUUACUGCUUUUUUUGUUUCAGUACAUAGGAUUUUCACUGCUGCCGUCCGAGUUGCUUCUUUCCAUUUCCUCAUGGGAAACUUGUUAAGAGCUGCCUUAUCAAAACCAUAUGACAGGCAUGACUGUUUCUUCUGGCACUUAGAGCCCUUAAAAAGGUACACAGGGAAGUGAUCAGCCUUACCACACGCUUUAAAACAUGGAGACAAGUUUGUCAGGAGGCCUCUGAUUCACCAUCUAGUCUCUGCUGGCACAGGCCAGCUGAAGGCAGGAGGAAUCCCCAGGCUGCAGUUCUCUUUGCUAAUGAAUGUGCAUGCAGCUGAAAGCUGGGCCUUGUCUUAAUGGAUGGAAGUAGAAAGUUUAUGUCUGUGGUUUUUAGGGUGUUCAGAACAAAGUGGGACAAAGCAGACUACAAAAACUGGAUGCAGAAACGUGAAAAAUCAUUUUACUUCUGCCUAUAAUUCGUAUCAUUUGAACGCUGCAGGAAGGUUGUUUGAAUGGAAGUGUGGAAACGUGAUAGAAUUCAUCUUCGUCACUUAAACCCAAUGACCUGGUCUGUUUCAGCUGUGUUUGUAAACAUAGACAGCAGUGAGCAUGUGCUAGGGUGGCUGCUGCGUGGAUCAGAGCUUUGAGAGGAGCCGUGCCAGCACAGCGCAGAUACAGGCACGCACUGCAUUGGAACAGUGCAGAAAAUGACAGUGGAUGCGUGUGGUGACUCAGGUAAUUAAGGAGUGGUAGGGCAUGAGCAGAUCUGAGAAUCUCUCUGGUUUAGGUCUGUGCAGAGAGGAGCUGGAUUGCUGCAGGCUUGUUUGUGCACAGAAGGCCUGGAACUUCUGCUUUCGAGGCUGUGACAGAAAGCCCAGCUCAGGCUGACGAGGCAGUGGCACAUAGGGCUGACUCAAAGUACUGCUUUUCACUGUCAGUGAGCCAGCAGGACAGCUUCUGUUCUCAGAGCAGAUACUCCACAUCUCUGUGUAAUGCCCUGUCUUUAACCAAUGCCUCAAAUUCAACAAGUGCUGAACCAGUUGUGAGCAGGGUCACCCUCACGGUGCUCGUCAAGAGUCAGCAAAAAGAGGUAACCUUAACUCCAAAAGGAUUUAUGGAAACUCUAUUUAAAAUAUUUGCGUGGCAUGCUGUUUUUUAUCAGUGCCUGCUGCCCCCACUUAUCGCUGUGGUGAUGGCCAGCCCCGGGUCAGCAGGCCUCUUCUGCUCCAAGCAGGGUUCAUUAGCAGGUGCCCGGUGCCUCUCCUUGUUUUGGUGGCACUGGGAAAUGUCCCUGUGUCUGACUUGUGGCUUAUUGUGGUUGGCUGAGACCCUUCCUUUGGAGAUGAUCCUUCCUGGGCUGCCUUGGUUGCUGAUGGGUAGUGGUGGGCCCUUCUGAUGCUUGGGAGUUUCCUUUGUGCACUGCAUACCGACCGUAUCUUUUCUCACUUGUUUUUGAGCUCUUUCUGGCUGAGCAGUAGGGCAGCGGGUAGAUGCACGUCCGUGUGUUAUACAAACCUGCAAAACUUUUUUGGAAGGGUGAAGAACUUUCUUGAGUAAUAAAUAAAUGCGAUCAGCAGCGUUCAGAACGGGUUGGUAGUCUGAGAUGGGAGUUCUUCUCCAGCCCGCCGCAGCGUGGUAGCGGUGUUUGAGAACUUGGUAAGUAUCUUGUUUUCUGAGGAACUACAAAGUGCUCAUCUUAAACACUGUGUGAGAUGACUGUGCUUGUUGGUGGAGCACGGUGAGCUCAGAGGGGCUCCCAGCCUCCAACAUCUGCCCAUGGCUGCAGACCUGCUGGAAUUUAUGCAGAGGAGUUUUAUGAGUAACUCUCAGUCAAGCUUGGACGCUUGGAUGGGAAGUGAAACACAGUAAGAGUUGAUAUAGGAAUGUGUAUUGUCAGAGUUUUACUGGGCUGACCCGCUUCACCUUGUAGCGUGUAUAUCCUUUAUUUUGUUGACUUUUUUUCCUUAGAUUCUUUGCAUUCUCCUGCAGGCAACAUGAAAGUACUUGAGCAGUGCCUGUGAGUAAUCUCUGCAUUUGUCAGCAGUCUGCAGCUUCCUUAUCAGUGACAGGUCCUGUUUUCCUUCUCGGUCAGAUCCUCUGGUGGUGGGCAAGGACAAGUGUGGGAUGCUGGCUGCGCAGCUCUGGCGAACAAACUCCUGUUCUCUCAUUAGGAAACUAAGUUGCAGUGCUGUUUCCAAAUUCUUUUCCAAUACCACUAAAAAGUAUCCACUUCAUACUUGAAUUACUUGCAAUAAUUACAUUGUAUUGUUGUCUUUUGGCUGAGUUCUAGUGUUGUAUAGGUGCAGUAUCUAUUGCAGGUUGCACUUGGAAGCUAGAUGCUUUCGUGGGGCAUCUGAUAAUGUAAUAGCUGUGCCAGUGAGAAAAACUUACACUGCCUGAAAUGCUUUGCUGUGAGCUCAACGCAUAACACUGCAAGUUGGCUUCUCUUGUGUUUUUAGGUAGUGUUCCUCUGUUGAGAAAGGCCAGGUAUGGCUCUCUGGAGCCUCUUGUCAGUAUUCCGUGGGCAGUGGCAUGUUCUUCACAUUGGAACUUUUGAGCGACUUCUACUUAGCAAUCCUUUCUUAGGUUUAAAUUUUGAUUCCGACGUGUUUAGGAUUCAUUGUGUUGUUAUCAGUAGCUCCAAAGGCUGCAGGUUUCCUCUGACAGUCAGACAGCACUUCAGUGGGCAACUUAGAAAUGAGCAGGCUGAAACAGAGUUCUGGAAAGGAAGCAGGGUGGGAAAAGCUGGGUGUGUUAAUGGUGGUGACAGAACAGGACUGGGGAGGAGGAAGCUCUUGGUGAUGUAAGCUCUGCAGGAGGAGAACAACUCUUUGGGCUUUGAGGCUUGAGAGGAGCCCCUGGGUUAAGCUGCUGUCCUUGCUUCUGCAGCCUGCACUGAAACAUAAUGAAGCAGGUGUAGAAAUUGUCCCCAUUGUGAAAUGUAGUCUAGAAUCAAGGUCUGUUUCAUGCAGGUGAGCUCCAGAAAAGAAGUACUUAAAGAAAAAAUAGUUUAUAUGUAUUUGUUUACUGACUCCUCCUAAACCCAAUUUAAGUAGUGUUUUGAAGUUUGCUAACCCACAAGUUUUUUACGUAACAAGAUAAAGUGCACUGAUAGCCUCCCCUGCACACACCCCCUCCAAUUUGUGCCUGUGGAGGCUGGUCACAGUCAGCUUUGGGACCUCUUCCAGCUCUGGAUGUGCUGUGAAGAAAGAUACAGGGGACUCCUCCCUGUCCUGCACCAUGGGCAGACUUUGACCUGGAGGGUUCUGUGUGCAGGAGAUAAGGGCCAGCCACUGUCAUGCAGGUUUUGAAUUCUGGUAGUGUUCCAUCUGUGUCUCGUUCCCCCCACUUGGGUGAGAUGGCUUUGCCAGCGUGUCGGCAGGGAGCUUCUGCUUCUCACUUUUGCUGCUGUACCUUAUGGCAGCCCUUCUGAGCAAAAUAGGCUGUCCUGGCAGCAGCAUUCCUUGGCUGUGUACAGGCCCUAUGAGAAAAAGGGAAAGCUAAGGAUGCUGGAGCAGAACAAUGGAUUUCUCUUUCUCUUUCAUGCAAGGGAUCAUGGGAAACACAAUUCAGCAACCACCUCAGCUCAUUGACUCAGCCAACAUCCGCCAGGAGGAUGCCUUUGAUGCCAGCAGUGACAUUGCUGAAGAUGGUGGACAGACACCAUAUGAAACUGCCCUGCAGCAAGGCUUCCAGUACCCCACGCCCACGACGGAGGAUCUGCCACCCAUUGCUAAUGGCUACCCGGCCACCAUCAAUAUGUACGAACCUCAAGCCAAAUUCCAGACGUACAGUCAAUAUCCCAAUGGUUCAGCCAAUGGUUUUGGUACAGUUAGAAACUUUAGUCCCCCAGAGUAUUACCAAAUGGAAAACUCUAAUGCAAGGCCACAUGAAGUUCUGGAAAAACCUUCCCCUCCGCAGCCGCCCCCGCCACCACCUUCAGUUUCACAGACGGUGAUUCCAAAGAAGACUGGCUCACCAGAAAUCAAGUUAAAAAUAACCAAAACUAUCCAGAACGGCAGGGAAUUGUUUGAGUCCUCUCUUUGUGGGGACCUUUUAAAUGAAGUACAAGCGAGUGAGUAUGCUAAGGCAAAACAUGAAGGGAGAAAAGAGAAAAGGAAAAAAAGUAGCAAGCAUGACUCUUCCCGAUCGGAAGAGCGCAAGUCGCACAAAAUUCCAAAAUUAGAACCAGAGGAACAAAAUAGACCAAAUGAGAGGCUUAGCAUGCUAUCAGAAAGGCCAAGAGAAGAUGCGCUGUUGGAGGAAGCCCCGGUCCAGCAGUUCUUGCCUUCUCUUCCAACACAAGUCAGCCAUGACAUCAAGUUUCAGGUUGGCGAUCUGGUUUGGUCCAAGGUGGGAACGUACCCAUGGUGGCCUUGCAUGGUUUCAUGUGAUCCACAGCUUGAUGUUCAUACCAAAAUUAAUACAAGAGGUGCCCGUGAAUACCAUGUUCAGUUUUUUAGCAACCAGCCAGAACGGGCGUGGGUGCAUGAGAAGAGAGUUCGAGAGUACAAAGGACACAAACAAUAUGAGCAGUUAUUGGCAGAGGCUGCUAAGCAAGCCAGCAACCAUUCUGAGAAACAGAAGAUUCGCAAACCAAGGCCACAAAGAGAGCGUGCUCAGUGGGAUAUUGGUAUUGCCCAUGCUGAGAAAGCAUUGAAAAUGACUCGGGAAGAAAGGAUAGAACAAUACACCUUCAUUUAUAUAGACAAAGAGCCAGAGGAGGUUUUGUCAAAAGCCAAAAAGACUGCUGCUUCUAAAUCAGAGACCAAGAAGAACCGGCGCCCAAAGCCAGCGCUGAACGCCCAGCCAGAGCACGCCAGCGUGGCAGCGGGAUCACCUCCCAGCACGGAGCUGCGAAGGCAAAGCCAACGGAGGCAGUCAAGUGCAGAAGAGGAGGAGCCACCACCUGUGAAAAUAGCAUGGAAAACAGCCGCAGCUAGGAAAUCCUUACCAGCUUCAAUAACCAUGCACAACUUGGAUCUUCAGAAGUGUAACAUGUCUCCAGUUGUUAAAAUUGAACAGGUUUUUGCUCUUCAGAAUGCUGCUGGGGAUGGAAAACUCAUUGAUCAAUUUGUUUAUUCCACUAAGGGAGUUGGUAACAAAACAGAAAUAAGCGUCAAAGGACAAGAAAAGCUUAAUUCUUCAUCAAACCAGAGAAAUGAGAAAGCAACGUGCAACGUGCAGAACGCGUCCUCUCCUGAAACUACUUCUGGGUCAACAGGUUCUGUAGAAAAGAAGCAACAGAGAAGAUCGAUUCGAACCCGCUCAGAGUCUGAGAAAUCCACCGAAGUUGUGCCAAAGAAGAAGAUCAAAAAGGAGCAGGUUGAAAUGGUUCCACUGACAGCAGUGAAGACAGGCCUGCAGAAAGGUGCCAGCGAGAUUUCAGAUUCCUGUAAACCUUUAAAGAAGAGGAGUCGAGCCUCCACUGAUGUAGAACUGACGAGCUCAGCUUACAGAGAUGCGUCCGACUCCGAUUCAAGAGGACUCAAUGAUUUACAGGGUAGUUUUGGAAAGCGUUCGGACAGCCCCUCAGCUGCUGUCGAUGCUGAUGCUUCUGAUGUGCAGUCAGUAGACUCCAGCUUAUCCAGGAGAGGAACUGGAACAAAUAAAAAAGACACUGUUUGUCAGAUCUGUGAAAGCUCUGGCGAGUCGCUGGUGUCCUGUGAGGGCGAGUGCUGCAGCACCUUUCAUAUGGAGUGUCUGGGCCUAAAGGCGAUGCCGGAGGAGAAGUUCUUCUGCACAGAGUGUAAGAAUGGAGAACACACGUGCUUUUCUUGCAAACUUCCUGGCAAAGACGUGAAGCGCUGCUCUGUCAGCGCGUGCGGGAAGUUCUACCACGAGGCCUGCGUUCGCAAGUUUGCCACAGCUCUGUUUGAGUCGCGAGGAUUUCGGUGCCCGCAGCAUUGCUGUUCUGCCUGCUCGGUGGACAAGGACAUCCAUAAAGCGAGCAAAGGUCGCAUGGUGAGAUGUUUCAGAUGUCCCAUUGCCUAUCACUCAGGAGAUGGCUGUAUUGCUGCAGGAAGCUUAUUUGUGUCAUCCCACAUUCUCAUCUGUAGUAACCAUUCCAAAAGGAAUCACUCCUCAUCAGCUGUAAAUGUAGGCUUUUGUUUCGUUUGUGCAAGAGGGCUGGUAGUGCAGGAUCAUUCAGACCCCCUGUUCAGUUCAUAUGCCUAUAAAUCCCACUACCUACUGAAUGAAUCAAAUCGUGCUGAGUUGAUGAAAUUACCUAUGAUUCCUCCUCCUUCGUCAGCUUCCAAAAAGAAAUGUGAGAAAGGUGGAAAACUGUUGUGCUGUGAAUCCUGCCCAGCUUCCUUUCACCCCGAGUGUCUCAACAUAGACAUGCCUGAAGGAUGUUGGAAUUGCAAUGACUGUAAAGCUGGCAAGAAGCUACGUUACAAGCAGAUUGUUUGGGUCAAGCUUGGAAAUUACAGGUGGUGGCCAGCAGAGAUCUGCAAUCCCAGGUCUGUGCCUCUCAACAUACAGGGCCUCAAACAUGAUAUCGGGGACUUCCCAGUAUUUUUCUUUGGUUCACAUGACUACUAUUGGGUACACCAGGGCAGAGUUUUCCCUUAUGUUGAAGGAGAUAAAAGCUUUGCUGAGGGGCAAACUAGUAUUAACAAGACCUUCAAGAAAGCACUUGAAGAAGCAGCAAAGCGCUUCCAGGAGCUGAAAGCACAAAGAGAAAGUAAAGAAGCAUUAGAAAUUGAAAGGAAUUCAAGGAAACCUCCACCAUAUAAACACAUUAAAUCCAACAAGGUAAUAGGGAAGGUUCAGAUUCAGGUAGCUGACCUGUCAGAAAUCCCACGCUGUAACUGCAAGCCAUCUGAUGAGAACCCCUGUGGGCUGGAGUCAGAGUGUCUGAACAGGAUGCUCCAAUAUGAGUGCCACCCCCAGGUGUGCCCAGCGGGAGAGCGAUGUCAGAACCAGUGCUUCACCAAAAGGCUCUACCCUGAUGCUGAAAUCAUCAAAACUGAUCGACGUGGAUGGGGUCUCAGGACAAAAAGGAACAUUAAAAAGGGUGAAUUUGUGAAUGAAUAUGUUGGUGAGCUAAUCGAUGAAGAAGAGUGCAGAUUGCGAAUUAAACGUGCCCAUGAAAACAGCGUAACCAAUUUUUAUAUGUUAACAGUUACAAAGGAUCGGAUCAUAGAUGCUGGCCCGAAGGGGAAUUAUUCUCGCUUUAUGAACCAUAGUUGUAAUCCAAACUGUGAAACGCAGAAGUGGACAGUGAAUGGUGACAUCAGAGUUGGGCUGUUUGCUCUUUGUGAUAUUCCUGCAGGAAUGGAGUUAACAUUUAAUUAUAAUCUGGAUUGCCUUGGGAAUGGUAGGACCGAGUGCCAUUGUGGAGCAGAAAACUGCAGUGGUUUCCUAGGAGUGCGUCCAAAGACAGCAUUUGCAACAGCAAACGAAGAGAAGGUGAAGAAUGCAAAAUUAAAGCAGAAGAAACGGAAAAUAAAAACAGAACAGAAGCAGAUGCACGAAGACAACUGUUUUCAGUGCGGAGAUGGGGGAGAGCUAGUCAUGUGUGACAAAAAGGACUGUCCCAAAGCAUACCACCUCCUAUGCCUUAACCUGACUCAACCACCUUUUGGAAAGUGGGAAUGUCCGUGGCAUCAGUGUGACAUCUGUAGCAAUCCUGCAGUUUCAUUCUGUGAGUUCUGCCCUCACUCGUUCUGUAAGGAUCACGAGAAAGGAGCCCUGGUGGCAUCGGCGCUGGAUGGCCGUCUCUGCUGCUCCACACACGACCCCAAAUCUCCUGUGGCACCCGAGUACUGGAACAAGAUAAAAUGCAAAUUGGAACCUCAGAAUCCUGUAGAAGAAGCAAAGGAGUGAAUUUUGUUUAAAAACAAACAAACAACAACAACAAAAAAAAAAAAAAAGAGAGGGAAGAAGAGGGGGCAAAUAGGCGAUGAACUCGAAGAGACUGCUAUGACACAUUCAGUCUGUACCAUCGGAGCUGUCUUGUGUGAACUGGGAGUGGGACCACUUAACCUUACCAAGCAGAAGCAGGCAGUGGUGUUUGUUUUUUAUUGUUUGGUCUUUUACCCUUGAAUGUGCUACAGCAGCUCUUACAGUUGGAAAACAAACGUCUCGGCCUUCUAAAGAAAACAGUAGACCUUUUGACAGUGAAAAGAAUAUUCUGUUUAAAGAUGUUCAAGUGUAGAAAAACAAAGCAUAGCAACAUAUUUAUUUAUUUAAUUUUUAAAGGAUGUUGAAGAUCUGGUUUUGAUCAGUCAGCGUGUCUUUAAAAACAGCGAAGCCAACAUAACUUCUACGUCUAGUUUACAAAAAGAAUAAACCCUCCCCGCUCUGUGUAACAUUCAGGUAUCGUAAAGACAAAUGUGGGUUUCAGACCAGGUGACUGAAAUGCCUCCAUUCCAGUACUUAUUUUUAAAGGCAUUUUGAGAAGGCAGGUUGUCUAUCAUGUGAACUUGUGAAUAUUGCUGUAAAGCUUUUCCUGUGAGAAAUAAUGUGUACGGCUCUUCGGAAGUGCUCGUAACGCAAGUGCUAACAUGUUAAGAUGGAAGGAAGCAGUUCCUUGCUCGAGAGCUGUUACUGGUGGUGUUUGCAGACUGGUGGACGUUCAGAAGGAGCUCAAUUGCACAAUGGUCAUUUCUUUGCUCUGCCUCAUUAGGAAAAUGCUCCUAGUUGGGAGAGCUCCUGGCCUUGGUCACACUGCAGCACACAGAACUGAGGUCAGCAUCCUGCCCCUGGGAGCACUGCCUCUGACUUCUUUUGGUGGAGGAUUGUUCUGUGUGUGUUUGUCAUCUGCCAAGUCUGCACUCGUUUUAUGGCAGUUAUGUUAUUGUGAAUCUUUAUUGCUUUCUUCUCAGACUCCCAUUAGCUUCAGAGGAAAUUUGAGUGCUUAGGGAAUCCAACCCAUCUUUACGUUUCUUUUGAUUUGAAUAUUUAUGUUCUUAGUGGAAGAGAUUCUCUGACUUUAAUGUUCACUGUUAAUGGAGCUAAGAAAAGUAAGUUAGUCCCCUCCAGCACUUCUUCCAUAACAGAAUGUGUGCGGUGCUAGGUAAUGGGAUUCACAGCAGCCACCCUCAGCCUGGUGGGGUGUUUGUGUUUUGUAUUUCCUCUGUUAAUCUGCAGAGGGACAGGCUGCUUCGGGGAGGCUCCUGAAGUGGCUUAGGUAGGCUCCUGCUCCAGAUUUUCUUUUGCAAACCUAUCCUAUCCUGCAAUCCUCAAGCAAGGAGCUUAGGGGGAUUAGUUUCCCCAGGCUGAAGUUGGUCUUUGAAUCUCCUCCCCUGGCCUGCAAGCUUUCCAAGCGCCGCAGUCACCGUGCUUCUGGCUGCGUGCUGGCGCUGGCCAACUGCAUGCCAGCUUUUUGCUGAUGGCUCUUGGAGGUAGCCCUGGAUGGAAGGAAUGAAGUGUUGCUGGCAUCUGGCUAAAUGGAGCCUUUGAAUUAAUCCUCGAGAACCCUGUUUCUGGAAAACUGCCAACGUAAACCUGCAGGAACGUGGUGACUUCUCAGCCUGAGCAAACAGGCUGGGAAAGCACACGUGGGAUUUUGGAGCUUGCCUUGCUUCUGGCUGGAAUCCGUCUCAUUCUCAAAUUCAUGGAAGGGGGGAAGAAAGGUGUGUGCAAUUGUGAAGUCACAGAAUACACUACAGUCCCUGGAAGCAGUCAGGGUGCCAGGCAGCUGACCUGUCAGUGCAGCUGCUGGAGCAGGCUGUGCUUUUCCCCAGGCCUGCGGGCGUUGUGGGGGCACAGCUCUGGGGUCAGCCUAUGGUACAGAGGGCUAGUGGGAAAGAUAAAGCACUUCUUGUGGUCCAUGCUACAGUGAAUGUCUGAAACACUAAUCUUGCUUGAAAUGUUUUUUACGAAAAUAUUUACAGAAAGAAUUUUAUUUUUCUUAACGUUUUGUGUGAUAAAUGUCUCUUUUUAAGCUCUUACCGGGGGGUGUUUCACCUCUUCAGAAAUUCCAAACGCAGCUGCUGCUGCAGUGUCUGUGAGGCCUGAUGUGUUUACUUUAUUUUAUUUAUUAGUCUUGGUAGUGCUGAGAUGAUUUUCUCUUGGGAAGUCAGAGCAUUCCGAUGAUGACAAGCGUGGUGUAGGGUGAGCGCACCUCCGUGCUGGUCUCACUCUGUGUCCGUGGGUCGUGCCGAGGUGUGCUGGUGCCAGAAGCCUUCACGACUGUUGGAAAUGGCAGCGAGCAGACCACGGCUGGUGGGCAUCAAUUGCCACCUAUUGCUGUGACGUACUGCUAUGCUGGACAGCACAGAACGUGAAGGUUUGCAGAAGGCUUUAAAAACUUCUAAAAUGCUGUGAAUUGGGGCCUGCUGCUACUCCUGUGCCAUGCCACUUGAUUCCUGGUUAACUUUCUUCUUGAAUUUCUUACAGGUGCUCCUUUUUUUUCCACUAAAAAAAAAAAAAGUAAUAAUGAUAGCCAGCAGCUGGGCUUGGACUCAAAAGGGAAAGCAGGAGAUUGGUUUAUAAGCUUGUGCAGUUCAUGAACAAAAGUCAGAACUGGAUGUCACACUACUGAAGAGAAGGUGAAUCUUUCUAAAAUCGUAAAGGUUGAUGUAAGAAAGUACCUACUUCAAAAUAGCUUGAUAAUUGUGCUGAGUUUGUUCUGUAUGCCAGAUACAGAGCUUUGAAAUACACCUUUUCAACCACAUCCUGGUAAAUGGAAUAGAAGGAGAACGCGAUUCCUUUGUAUGGGGAGAAAGAUGUGACAGCUGUGUUCUGAUGAGCUGGCAUUGGCUGCUGGAUUCCAUCUGUGUGGUCUCCAGAGUGGGGGGAGCAGUACUGGGCAGCUUGGCCACGUAUGCCAAGGCCUGGAAGAAAUCCCCAGAGCUGCUGCUGAUUUCACUGAGGAGUGGAACCUUCUGUUCCUUGGCUGGAACGUGCCAUCGUGCUUUUCCCUUACUUUUGUCUUAAUUUCUGGAGGUAGCGCUGUGCUUCGGGUGCACGCCUGAGCCCUGACCUGCAGCCCGUGCUCUCUGCAGCGUGCGGCACCCGAGCUGCUCCGCAAAGUUAGCAGGACUUUGCUGUUUACUGGAGUUUGUGCUCUGCAGUCUGCACCCCUGCGCAGUGCGGGCGUUCUGCAGACCACGGCCAAAUGGUGCAGAGGGAAUGGCUGCAGCUUCCUGCACAGGUGGCACAAGCAUUAGUUAUCGGAGCUUUCAGAUUCGGCAGACUUGUCUUAUCGAUGGACUGUAAGGAUCAAAGGCAUUUGCAGCUCAGGAAGGAUGUUGUGAAGACGAUUCGGGGGCAAAUUGCCUUCUCUGGUCACCACCAUGGUCUUAAGAGAAUUUCUUACAAUGGAGUAAUGGGGCUGGAAUGUAGAAUUUUGGCCUUCCUUCUAAAACCUUGUUAUCUUUGUUUCAGGAUAGAACGAGAAAGACACAAUUACUAGAUGUAAUUAACAAUGAGCAUAGAAUCUGUAUAUAUUGAGACUUUACAGAACUAUGGGGGUGGGUGGGGAGGAGGGCGGGAGGGGGACGUCCAGCGCUGGUACGAAGUAGUCACUUUAACAUGAAACCUCUGCCUCAUUGAAUUCAGGGUUUAAUGUACUUGAAGCUCUGCAUUCCUUAUCCAGCUUUUUUUUUUUUUUUUAUUUAUACAUCCCUUGUUUUGUAUUUGGCAUUGAAGAUGUGUUCAGUUCCCUGCAGUUCGCUCUGCUCCUGUGGCCCCUGGUGCCCCCUGAGCGGCGAUGCCCGUUUGCGUUCGGUCUCAGCUUUCCCCCCCGCGUUUCCUUUGUGUAGCAAAAACGUUUGCACUUCGGAUACACUCCUGUCCUUUGGAUGUGUUCACAAUGUUGUUCUAAGGAGGAAAAAAAAAAAAAAAAUUAAAAAAAAAGCUGUUUCCUAUCAUAUUGUGUUCCCGAGCAGCGGACUCGGGUCCUUGUGCCCCGGUGAGGGGCUCUCACCGCUGGAGAGGGGAGAACGGAGCGGAGAUCUGAGCUUUGCACAGGAGAUUAAUGGGAACGAAUGGGAAUUAACCUCCUGUGCACAGGUAAUUAAUGUGAAAACCAAAGGGCGAGCAGCGUGCGUGACUCCGCGCCGGCUGCGAGCUCUUGCUCCCUUGUCCGAGCGAGGGCCCCGUGCUCGCUGCUGCGUCCCCGUUUGGUGUCACUCCUCCUUUGGCACAGAGUGGGGGGACCCGCGGGGCUGCCCCGUGCUCCGCUGUCACGAUGACCUCUGUUCGCGUCGUUAUUUCCCGUAGACUUCGUUGACCCGUACCCGACUCUGUAGAUCCUGUGAAAUGUUCUUUUAACGAAAUCACUCGAGUCUUGACUUGCAAAGCAUCAAUAGUCACCGAAGUCACUCUAGAGCGGGGAAGCUGGCCCGGAGCUCGGGGCGGCGUUCCCCCGGGGCGUUGCUGUGCUAUGACUUGGUGUUGCCGCAUAGGCUUUGAGAAAUACAAUAUUUCGGGGGUUUUGUCGUUCGGCCUACGUUCUCUUGCAUAGUGUGAAGCCUGUAAAGCUCGGUUACCCUGUACAUAGGUAGCUUAUUGUCAACCGGUUCUAGCGUACUUAGCCUUGCCUGUAAUAUUUAGCUUCUUACUGAAUGUGUGUGAUGGUAGGAACAUAUAAUUUUUGUACAUUAUAUUUACUGAGAUGUUGCCUUUUUUUAUUUUACAAAUACUUUGGAAUUCAGAUGUGUUUUUGCUUCCGUGAGGAUUCAUUUGGAAAGGUUUUUAAUGACAUUCCACCGAUUUGAACUUUUGCUUGAGGUUGACUUCAAUAAAUCGUUCUGAAUGUUCCAA